CCUCAUCACUGCCACUACCGCUAGUACCACCACUAGCAAGGAAGGAAGGAUAUGUCCCCCCACUCCGCACUUAUAUAUUCAUUCCCAGUUCACAAACGCUCCUUUCUCAAUUCUCAAUUCUCAUCACUCUCUCCCCACUAACUCCCCCAAAAAAAGGCAAAAGCAAAACGAAAAAAUGAUGCCAAUAUCAAGUCUUUUCUUAUCCACUCUGCUCCUCUCUGCUUCACUUGUUAUCUCAGCCCGACCCGAAUUCAGUUUCUCAGCUGAACUCAAGCACUCAAAUGACAAACCCACCAACCAGAACAACAAAAACAACAACAAAGGUGGUGGUAAUGGUGGUAGUGGUGGUAAUGGCGGUAAUGAUGGUAGCGGUGGCAUGGGCGGGUUCUUUGGACCCGGCUUCGACAUACCCGGGUUUGGAAAGGGCUUUGGCAGCGGUGUGGGUGGCGGAUAUGGAGGCGGGUAUGGGGGUCCGAAUGGAGGGUACUCCAAGGGUGGUACUGUGAGGACUUCUCUGGUGUGUAAAGAAAAGGGUCCAUGCUACAAGAAGAAGCUGACUUGCCCUGCUAAGUGCUUCACCUCCUACAGCCGAUCAGGAAAGGGGUACGGUGGCGGCGGCGGUGGCGGUGGGUGCACCAUUGAUUGCAAGAAGAAGUGUAGUGCUUAUUGCUAGAGGAAAAUAGAGUGGUGUUCCUGUUAUGCUGCUGCAGCCGGCAGCCGGCAGCCGGUAAUAUUAAUAUAUAUAGUUUGCUAUAAUUAUGUAGUAUGUAUAAGCAUCUGAGUAGUGGACCAUAAUAUAAUAUCGUAUGAGACUAUUUAAUCUUCUUUUUUGCAAGUUUCUACUAAUACGAGUGGCUUAAGAGUAUUUGUUUGUUUUUCCUUUUUUGGUGCUAAGCUUUGCUGGUUGUAUUUAAAGCUUUUUGUGAUUGUGUUGGGUACUUGAAACCUAAAGUCUAUGUGAUAUGAUUUUGCUUUAUUUAAGAGUAA